UGAGAUAGAGGAAGAGAGAAGAGGGCGGAAAAGCAACGAUAGAGGGCAGGACGCCUGCGCAAGCGAAGGGAAACGCGAAAGGCAACAAGCCAAGCUCAUCGCAUUCGAUGCCUGUUGGUCAAGGAGUGGGGGGACAAGAUGGGUCUGCGGCAACCCUGGUGAGGAGCGACCAAGACUCCGGUAUGGCCCUCGUCAAGAGCAAGGAUGGCAGGACGAAGUGGCUCACUGUCAGCACCGAUCCGACAUCAACCCCGCCAAGCACCACGUGGGACGAGCGCGUGAGGACGUGGGCGAGCAUGCUGGGCGUCUGCGCGCCGCCGCCGUCCCCCCCCUCGAGCAAGCGCCACAACCACGGGACCCCCCUGCCGACGCCGCCUCCCGACAGUCCCGCCUGGGGCGGCGAGGAGAGGGGGGGCCGGCAUCAGGACAAGCAGCAGCAGCGGCAGCAGCAGGAUCACUGGCCGUCCGAUCGCGAGGAUGACUCUUCCGCCGCUACUCCAGCAGCAGCAGCAGCCGUCGCCGACGACAGUACUGCUGCCACAGGAACUAGUAGCCCCGCUUCUGCUGCAGCAGCAAGCCCUAGGGUUGGCGUUGCCGCAAGCACUGCGAGGCGAAAACCCGUCGCGACCGGGAAACGCGUAGGCUCUUUCGCGCGAGGGUUCCUGCUGGGCCUUGGGGGAGGCGGGAGCGGCAGCGGGGGCGGCGGCGGCGGCGGCAGCGGCGGCGGCAGCGGCGGCGGCGCUUCCAAACGGAGCAAGAAUCCCACCGGCAACGCGCCUGCCCAUGCGGCGGGAAAGGGUAGUGGUGCUGUUGUCGCACCGGCGUCGACACUGCCCCCUCAGACGCGCGAAGCCGGAGAAGCGAGCAUCCUGCAAGACGAACGUGAUGGUGGUGAUGACAUGGCGGUGGUGCCGUCGACACCCGUCGAGACGAUGGCUGUUGCUGGCGCCGAUGGCGUCACGGGGGGGCGGCGGCAGCGGUGGGUCAAGGGCGCCCCGCCCAGCCCCAGUGACAGCGACGCCAGCGACAGCGAUGGCGACGUCACUUGUCUGGACAACAGGGGCAGGGGUGAAGGUGCUUCGCCCUGUGGCACCUGCUCUCCUCCUGCUGCUGCUGUUGUUGCUGCUGCUGCCCCAGCCCCAGCCCCGGCCCCAGCGGGCGGUGACGCAGAGGGCAUGGAGUGGCUAGAAACAGGCCCCGGCGGCAACGUCGCGGCGAAGGCUAACAGCGGCGGGACGAAGACGAUUGGGGGCGGCGGCUCCAAGAAGAAGAAAAAGAACAAAGGCAAGGGCAAGGGCGGCGGCGGCGGCGGCGGCGGCGGAGCUAAGCCCACGAAGAACGCCUCUUCCUCCCUCCCGUCAGUGGCAGCAGAGAACAAGACCGCCAGCACGCAGCCGAUGUUGCAGUCGUCGUCAGGGCAACAAGAGCCAUGCCGCACCCUGAACGGGGCGGCGGCAGGCAGGAUCAAGGCUAAGCGCGCCAAGGGCGGGAAGAAGCUGAGUGUUUCCUUCGGCCGAGUUAACCUCGUCGAGUUUACGCGGGACGUGGGUGGCUGCGGGGUCCCGAGCGAUGGGACGUGGGGGCUCGCUCUGGGCCUGCCGUUUCGAGAAACCGUGGUAGAUGUGGACGGCUACGAGGCCUCUAGGACUGAGAUCCUCGAAGAGCGCACUUCGGAGCUUUCCAGGAAGCAGCGGCAUCUGUCUACGGGCGAAACUCGUCAGUUCGACUACCGCCCGGUGGGGGAGAAGAACCCGCUUUUUUACCGCCUAGGGGAGAAGGAGCGCAGGCAUGUUUCAGUCAAGAUUCUCCUCGACUACGCCUGCUUCCACAAGUCGGACUUGGAAGAGGCUGACAGAGACAAUGAAGCUGUGCAAACUCCUGACGACAGCGCCGGCGCUAGCGACAACAACAGCCACAUCGAUGGCUCGGGCGGGAAAAGCACCAGCGACUUCGACGCCUACAGCCACAAGGUGUCGCACGCGGACUUCGUGGACAAGUCCCAAGAAGCCUCCGUCGAGCUUACCGCGCUGAGAGAUAGCAGGCAAAACAGCCAGGGAUGCAGCUGCAGCCACGUGCGUCCGGACAAGCUUAACCUCGCCAAGCUUCGGGCCGAGCUCACGAAACGGCGAGUGGGUUUGAAGGCGUCAGGGUCGAAGAAGGAUCUGGUCAAGGUCCUGCAAGAGGCCAUGCGGCAGGAUGAGGAGAAGAACGGAGGAAAGGCUCUCAAAGUCUGCCGCUCAGAGGAGUGCCAAUGCGUGCAAGACGGGGUGGAGUGCCACGCCGACCUGUGCAGCUGCUGCAAAGGCCCGAGCAUCGGAGAGAAGGACGCCCACCACGGCGGCAACUGCGGAAACCCCGAGGGCGUGUACGCCUACAGCAGCAGCGUCGUGCGGUCGCACAGGGGGCCAUACGUGACGUCCAAGGUCGUGCCGGGGAAGGAGAGGGGAGGGGGACACGGCCGGAGCGACUCCGUUUGCUCCGACCACCACUGACAAGGGAUUGGAUAAUAACCGUCCCGCCAACCCCGGAACGAAUGGAUAAUUACCGUCCCGCCAGCCGGAACGAAUGGAGUAUAACCGUCCCGCCAACCCGGGAACGAUAUGAUAAUACCCGUCCCGCCAACCGGAACGAAUUGAUAGUAACUGUCCCACCGACGGGAACGAAUGGAUAAUUACCGUCCCACCAGCCGGGACGCAUGGAUACCAGCCCCACGAACCCGCCUUCGAAAGUGCGUUUGGGUGGAAUUCCAGUGUGGCAAGGAUGCUGUUCAUUCGCAACUAGCACCAUCAGCGGCACUCACCAACUGACGAUCGAUCACAGUUGUACCAUAGUUAGAGGUGCUGUCGCAUGGUAUUUUUUUAUCGUACGUGGGCGUUUGGUUGACGUACCCCAGCAUGCCUGUCAAGGUUUGAGUGUGUUGUUUCCGCCUGUCUACAUUCGUGAAGAGCGGAUCGACUGCUUCAUCGUAAGAUCGCCCCCUUGUUCUGGUGCCCUCUUGGUGCCUGGCCGGAGUCAUUCGUUCCUCGCAAAGGCCGAAGCGACCGUGUCCGUGGAGUGGUCCUCAGUCAUUUCAUUCACGUGUCAGUGUGGAGGCUAUUUCGUCUGUUUCUCAACUCACAACCCUCAGAUUGGGGCGUAUUGUGCGUCGUUUGGUUGGGGGAGGGUUUUGUCCGCGUCGUGAAUACUACGGCAGAUGAGAUAAAGUUGACGUUGAUGACAAAUCUCUCGGCAAGGGCAGUGUCAGGGUGCAAGGCAAGGUGGUCGCUUCGUGUAUGAUUGGACGGAGUACGGGUUAAAAAACUCAGUGGUUUCGGGCACGGCUUUGGUCGAGGAAAUGUCAUGUUGGUUACUUGCCAAGGUUACGGCUUGGCCUGGAGAGAAGGCGAAUAUUCAGCGUCUCUCCGACCACUAAUGGAUGGAUGACCUAUAAAGCUGGAUGCUGUUUAUUUUUUCUUGAAGCAGGAGAAAAAUGUAGUGUUUCUCUGCAGAAAACUGACGGUCUUUCUGCUGUGUGAUUUAAUAUCAUCAAAAGCUUUGGGGCUUGGUGUCUAUGCAGGAGCAGAUACCGCGGCCCCCCUAGACCCUGCGCACAACAAGGGGCGAAACAAGCACAAGUUUUCGAGGGCUGGUGUGUUUUUGUUUACUUUUCCAUGUCUUUUAAUCUCUCAGAACGAACAAAGUGAACUAGGGAAUCAACACCAGUACGUAGCGCGCGCGUGUGUGCAACGUAAAAGCGCUGGUAUUUUAGUUGCUGUUGCGAAAUGAGCUCUUCGAGCUUUAAUUUGGCGAAUUAUGCGUUUGUUUUAACGGCCUAUCAAUAAAAAAAUGAUUGUUGACUCGAUACGAUAGAUCAUGAUAAGUAUGAUACAAGUAAAGAGGACACGUCGUUAUGCUUGGGCAGAUGGAUCGGGGCUUGCUCUAAGAAACAAGACCUGCAGAAGAAGGAAGUUUGAGGGACGGUCAGGUCUUGCCCUUGCCUGUUAUGCUUCUGUUUCGGUGCUGUUUCUGUUAGCACUGUGGUAGAGGGGCAGUUUCUGUUUGCAUUUCUUGAGUUUGCUUGCACUACUGCUGUAGAUGAGACCAGCCAGCUUUGGGGGGGCGUUACCCGUACACCCCUUUUCUGAUUAUUUUGGCAGAACGUGUAUUAGUAUCUGUGCGGGGAUCUAGGGGCUGAUUGGCGGUAGAUAAUAUUAUUGCUGGGGAUGAGUGGCGGAGCCAGAUCGAAUAUAUGACGCAGCUGGAGGUCCUCUAUAG